AUGGUACCCUUUCCCGACGAAUUAUGGCUUCAAGUCGUUCCUUAUCUCACUCCUUGUUCAGAUCUCCAAGAUCUGGAAGAUAAUUCGACCAAACAGAAAGCGCUCUCAGGCCUUUGCCAACUUUCGAAGUCGCUCCGUCGUAUCUUUCAACCAGCCAUGUAUGCCAGAUUUGUCAAGUUCGGCAGAGUUUCGCCCAAGCAAAGAUAUAUUGCCGGUGAGCUCGAGUUUCAGAUCAAGAAGAUCGAUCCGGCUAGGUUCAGACACAACACGCGCCUCGAAUUGUUUCUUAGAACUUUGAUCGAGCGACCGGACCUUGCACAUGACAUAAAAAGCUUACGAAUUGACCGCUUCAAUGAGACUGAAGAUCUUCCAGCAAGCUAUGCACCGAUCCGACCACUUCCAUUUGAGCCUGAACUUGCCGAGACUUUUGUCCAUCCCAAGCAGCAGAGAGGCGUCUCCUUCAGAUGUUGUGCUCUAUUACUGGCAAUACCAAUGCUCUGGUCAUUCAGAGGAUACGGCAUAGAUCACACAGGUGAUUUAGACGAGCACCCACAUUUAUCUCUACAUCAUCUACGUCAUCUGGUCCUUGAAAGCUCCAUCCUGGACGGGGAAUCUAUCAUAGAACUGCUUAAAGGCUCGUGUACUGGACCCCAGGUUCUGGAAAUCGAUUCUCACGCAGUCUCAGAUCCUAGAUUCAAACUUGACGGUGAUACUUAUUGGCUCAACUGGCCAUGGGGACUGCAAGAAGAAGCGCUUUUGAACAUGGCAGAAUCGCUUGAGCGCCUUGUUAUUGCUUUGCCCGAGUAUGAUCUAGCAUUGUUUGACCUGCAUGAAAUCUCGAACCUUCGUUACAUUGAAGUAGAGAUGAAGGACUUGACAGGCAAUGAACACGUACCGAAUCCUCCCUAUAUCACCACACGUCUUCCUCAUAGCUUGGAGCACCUGUGUUUACGCAGAUGUAGUGUAGCUGUCUUUAUGCCAUGUAGAGCACUACUCAAAGCUGCAUCAAUGGAGUUCCCACAGCUCGAGACUGUGGAGCUUAGAUUUGCUUGGUCGAAGCAGACAUCUACUCAGAAAGACAGCAGUGAGGAGGUAGAGUCGGUAAGAGAAGUGUCUCCCGAGGACAGAUGGGUCAACGAUAAAUGUGAUUAUGUAAGCUUCCUACGCACGCUUGCAGAUGGGGUGAAAGUAACCUUGGAGGUGUGCAAUGAUGAGAUCCCUGCUCCGCAUUGGUUCGAUUACGACGAACAUCGGAUGGGGACAGACUCUAUUAGAGAAAUCAAUGGUCCUAUUGAAGACGAUGAUGAAGAUGGGAGCGAAGAUGACAGUGGAGAGGAGAGUGAUGAUGAGGGACAAGAUGGCAACGAGGACGAGGAGGAAAGUGGCACAGAAGAUGGGGAGGAAGAUGGAAGUGAAGAUGGAGAAAACUGA